CUCAGGUUAGUACAAAGUUUUGAGUUUCUCAUCUUUUUUUUUUUUUAAUCACUUUCGUCUUCAAGAUGUUAUGUUCUUUGAUGUGGAUGAGUACAAAGUAAAAGAGCUCUACAAGCAAGCAGGAAGUGACGCACAACUACAGCAACAAAGCACAACGUAGAGGAUAUUCCGUGAAAGAAGGACUACGGCCGAUUCAGAGUCCUGUUCCUCGUGGAGGAUGGGCAACGUGAUGCGAAGCGUGGGCAGCCGCCACAAAAUCAACACAAGAGACCCCAGCAGCCCUCGGGAAGGGUCAAAGGACAACGUGGCGGUAGUCAUCGCCGACUAUCCGCCUCCAGAUGUCAGAGAGCCCAUCUUCAAAAUGGGGGAGAAGCUCAGCAUCAUCUCGCAGGACGCCUACUGGUGGAAGGUCAGUUCCAUCCAGACAGGAAAGGAGAGCUACAUCCCCAGUAGCCAUGUGGCCAAAGUGUACCAUGAUUGGCUGUUUGAGGGGGUGACGAGGCGUGAGGCCGAGAAGCUGCUUCUUCUACCUGAGAACAGGGCAGGCUCCUUUUUGGUACGGGAGAGCGCCACGGAGAGAGUGACCAAGCGUGUGAAGACAUUCACAGGCACGUACGUGCUGUCAGUCAAGCACAACACCAUCAAGCACUAUCGCAUCUCCAGGCUGGACAACAACUGGUACUACAUCUCGCCUCGCCUUACCUUCCAGUGCCUGGAGCACAUGAUCAACCACUACUCCGACACUGCGGACGGCAUGUGCUGCGUCUUGACCUCUCCGUGUUUGUCCAACCAAAUGACUCCACCAGCAGGCGAGCCGCCGGUCGUCAUGAGGUGCCACUUUGACUGGAAUGAAAUAGACAGGAUGCAGCUGACCAGCACGGACGGCCACGAUAACAACAUGGUGAGCUACGGCGUCAGGAACAGCAUGGCCGACUACCUGGCCUUUUCCGGAUAUCACCAGGAGGCCCAACACGUGAAGAAGGAAAGCAGGAAGAGGAAGAGCAAAUCUGUCUACACCCUGCCAAAAAACGGCCUGGCCAACAUCGACUACGAUGCCCUCUAGGGGCCGCUGAAAAGACUUCUUGUACACAAGCUGCUGUUUUUCUACGUGAGACUAAAGCCUGGUUUAUGAUUCUGCAUCGAGCCAAUGGUGUACACUACCCAGGUUCGCGUCUCCCCCUCCAACUCGAGUGUGUAUACAACGUGUUCCUUCGCGAAUGCAAUUGCCAGCGUUUGCUCGCGAUGAAGGAGGAUAACAAGCUAAAUGGUGGACGGGCUCACUGCAUUGACUCGCUGGAAACAAUGCCCCUAGCGGCAAGCGCUGAAUUCGGACGCAGAACUUCACAACUGCAACGGAAGGGACCAUGUAGUGACUACGCAGAAGUGUAAACUAAGCUCGAAAGGUGCGUUCACACUUGUAAUGUUUGGUUUGGUUAAAAGGAACUCUGCUACAAUGGUUUGUUUGGUUAAGUUUGAAUGCCAUCAUCCAAAUCCUGGCAUACACCGAAAGAUUGGCUUGCUUUCUGCUUGCUAGUACAGUAAUCCCUUAUUUAUUGCGGUUCAUUUGUUCCAGACCCGACCGGGAUAAGUGAAAAGCUGCGAAGUAGGAUUCCAUAUUAAUAAAUGGAAUAUUUUUGUAGUUAUGGCAUGGAAACCCUGUUUACAAUCUUCCAAAUACGGGUUUUAACAUUAUUACAGCCCUCAAGACAUGAAAUAACACCCCUAUAGUCACCUUUACAUUUGUAUUACCCAAUAUAGUAAAUAUAAUCAGGGAAAAUAAGGCUUAUUAGACAUAAAUAACGUAGACUCAGCAGUUAGCAGUCAGACAUUAGCAGUUUCUUGUUUUUGUCUGGACAGCGUACUGCCAGAGUAUUUCCUUGAGGCUUUAAAUGGCUUCACAGUCAUAUUACACAAUAUAGUAGACACAAUACGAGUAAAUAACCCAUGUAAGACAUCAAUAAAACUCCUGAUCGAGCAGUGGCGCAGUAAAUGGGUCCCCGAGGAAACCUUAGCGAGGAGUCUAGUGCCUGUCUCGCCGAACAGCGACACCCAGUGGCCAAUGUAGGACACAGUACUACAUUCACAAUUAUAAUGCUUCUUCGGCCUUGUAUUUGUAUUUUAGUUCAUUUAUUAGUUCAUUUUACCAUGUUUAUGCUUGAAAAGGCUUAAUUUAGACCAAGAAUAAGUACAAUUUGCUUAAAUAUGCAUUUUUUGCAGAUAUUUGGCUAUAUUCAACCAUGAAACAAUGAUCAUUUAUUAAUUGAUAAAUGUUUGAAAAUCCGCAAUACGGCGAGGGAGUGAUAAUCGAACCGCGGUAUUGCGAGGGACCGUACUGUGAACGCAACACUGACCAAAGACAGGAAAUGGGAAAAGUGUACAAGAAAUGCAGAGAAGUGCUGUAUUUUUGGAAUACCUUGUGUUGCAUCACGUAAUAAGUCACACAAGCUUCCCACUCAAGUCUUUGGUUCAUGCAUUACAGUACAGAACAUGUCCUGUGCAGCUUUUGCACCAUAAAAAAAAAAAAAACAGAACUGUGUUGGCCUUAUUUUACUCGAUUCGGUGAUCAAAAUCCUUUGCCGCCUUUUUCCAAACACAAGCCAGCACUUAAGUCCACAAAACUGACAAUGGGAUGAGGUCCUGAGAGGAAUAUCCGGCCCAGCUCUUGAAAUGUGCUUUUCCCUCCCAGCUCUGCCCUGAAGCCGAUCGUUGGCCUAGCAAUUUUUAAUAUAAUAAACGGCGUUGUGUCAGUCGGAGUGUAAAUAUUUAUCACUACUGCAGCAGAACAGGAGAGGGUUAGGAACAAAACGCAUCUUUUGCAUUUCCUAUGUACUUUAUGACCACAAACAAAGUGCACACAUCCAAAUAAAGACUGCUGACGAGUGGUCGAAUAUGAUAAGCGAGUGUGGCUGAGAAUGCAAACACGAGCGAGGGGGGGUCAAAGGGGAUGGAAAGAUGAGUCAUUAGCAUUCAAACGAGAGAUGUCUCUUCAUCGUUUGAAAAAAGAAAAAAAUCGGGAUCGUUCAUGGAUGUGAAACUGGGAUUCAAGGUUCACUGCCUGGUGAAAAAAUAAUAAAAAAUCACAGAACAAGACAAGCGCAGGUAUCUACUAAAAUACAGUCUAGGAGAGUGCAGACUUCCUCCAAGGCCUGUCAUACACUUUCAUAGGUACCAACUUCCUGCAUGGGUAACCAUUCGUUUUAAUAACGAUUUGAUUUGUAUCAUGGUUUGUGGUUGGCAAUUCGAUUCAAGGAUGAUAUUAGUUCAUUUAGAACGAUACGAUUGGAAACGAUUCAGUAACUUUGAAUCGAUUCAGUAACUUUUUAGCCAACAAUUCAACCAGUGUGACUGAAAUGAAUACCAAGAUACUGGACAGUGCAGGUGAAGUUUCCUAGAUUCCUGUUCUUUGUAAGGGAAACAAGUAUAAAUUAUUAAUAAUGCUGAAAUACAUAAGAAUAAACGAUCGAGUACAAAAAAUGAGUGAAAAAUGCAAUACAAAAUCAGGAUGAACCUGGAAAAUAGUGCCUUUGAAUCCCAUUGGUUUAACAAAAGCUGUGAUCGACCCACGGACCAUGGCAAGUACAACCGUACUCCAAAAUUUGACUUAGGCUGUGACAUUUGUUUUAAAAGUCAGCAGAGUAGCCAUUACAUUUUUUAAAUAAAAAGUGCAGGGAAGAAAAUAAAGUGUCAUGAAGGCAGCAGCAGCACGCUGUAUUCGUUUCCACGCCACACUACCGUUACUGCAGUUAUUCUGGGGCAAAAUUAACAUAUUUCGCACCAUCAGAUUUUAAUGAAAUUUUAUCUGCAGAUAUUAAAGUGACUUUAUAUCCUACAUACUGUACCUUUUAUCUUGUCCUGAAGCUCUGAUCCGUGUGUUUGAAAGGCUUAAAGUUGGACUUAACCUUUCUUUCUGUAUACGAAUGAAAAUACACCCGAUAUCAUAAGAAAAAAUAACAUUUUUAAGGACGUCCCCAUGGACUCUCCUAAUCGAGUGCGCACACACAGUGUUCGAUUUUUGCAUGGCUAAAAUACGGCGAUUGUAUUUGUAACAUUCCUGCAUAUGUGUUAUGACCUGCAAACGCCCCUCCGCUCGGCGUCCACGCGGCCCAAAUUUUCCUGCACCGCACACCUAGGAAAUUUUCUAACUAUGUGGAAAAACAUGGCGGACAAGCAAGAGCCCCUGGUGGCGGAGAUUCGAAAAUACAGACGUCUUUAUGAUUCGUCUCAUAAAAAUCACCACGAUCAACAGAUCGUCAUCAAUUAUUGGAGAGAAAUUGCUGCCACUCUUGGAAGAGACGAGGAGGCAGUAAAAAAAAAGUUGAACAAAUUUAAGAGACCGAUAUGAAAGGCAAGAAAGGGAAAAUUGGUGAUCCAGGAGGAGGCAAGAAUGCCCCACCAAUUCUGAAAGAGAUGGGUUGCCUAUCGUCCUUUAUCAAACACAGAAGCGUUUAAGCUCAUGCUUGUCACCGUGUUGUAAACAACGCUUUCAAUGCCAUAGAUGCUCUACAUUUCCGCGCCGCACGUACAUGCGUCAAACACAAUCCAACUUAAGCUUCACUGCUACUGGACUGUAAACCAGGCGUACAAAACGUCCUUACUUCGUAUAUUGCCCCCAUAAAUGUCACUUAAAAGGAGUUUCAAAUAAGGCCAGAUGAGGUAAAUUUGAAGAGUGAAUGAAGCGAAUGAACUGUAUUUCACAGGUCAACUACAACUCCCACGACCACCACCUACCUGGAAGACAGUGACGUCACCGACAGGCAGACUGUAACAUUUAACGUCUUUAUCAUUCAAUGCUAAAAAAAAGCACAUUCUUAUAAAGCCCGCCGUCCUUAAAUCAAUGCUUCAUUUCCUAGUAUCGAUUCAAUCGAUUGAUUACCUUUUAAACGAUGUUAGAUAUAUACAGUAUGUCGUCCUGAAUGGAAACUUGAGAACCCAGAUCUACAUAUGUAGCUAAAUCGUAGGAAUAUAAAUGGAUGCAUCGAUAUAGUGAAUAAAUCGUUACACCCCUAUUAUUUGCAUUGUUUUCUGUAUGAAAAGCGAAAUUUUUUGUCUGCAAUGGAUUAAUUGGGUGUACAUUAUUUGUGGACUCAAGUCACAAUUUUAAUGAAUAUGGACGAGACAAUAUGACUUGAAAAUAGGGCCGCACGGUUGUCAAGUGGUUAACAUGUUGGCCACGCAGUCACAGUCUGGAGAUCGGGAAGACCUGGGUUCGAUUCUCCCCUGGGCAUCUCUGUAUGGAGUUUGCAUGUUCUCCCCGUGUGCGUGUGGGUUUUCUCCGGGUACUCGGGUUUGCACAGGGUGUUCGCAUGUGGCGUGCUGAUUUUCGAGCCGUAGACUGGCCGUCAAACAAACUCUACGGGUACUCUUACGCAUUUCACACGUCUUUGUGCAUUGUCCGUACAGCCAAUGUGUGUCUAUAGUGUGUUUUGCUGGUGUCAGGUUUAGGCAAAAUGUCAAUUUUUCCGCACGUGGCACUUGUCGACUCCUACACGUGCACCACACAUACGUAAUUAGUGUGGCCAACACGUGUUAUUUGGCGUACGUGGCGAGAUCUUACUCCUUCAUUGUCACCACAACUACGUUCUCCACAAACAAAAACAAAGAAAUCGCAGUGACUUGGGGAAGGCCAGAAAACGCACAGCAAAAAAAUAGUAGAUCCGGUUUUGACCGAAACUUAAAUCCUGAAUGCCGUCAGCACUCAAACAAAAUGCAUCCCGAGCGUGUGUCAAAUUUAAUAGAUGGUUACAUUGUUCAAAUGCCACUUUUUUCUGGGAGACAUGUGGUUAUGACUCCUAAGGACUCGUAAGAAAUUUCAAGUCUAUGACUUCGGAAUUGACUUGACCUGACUUGUCUUGACUUGAGACUUGCAAAACACCCACUUUCUCCCAACUUUGUGAUUUCCUACGGGAAAAUUUGAUUUGAUUUUUGUCAGACAUUUUGGAAUGAAUAAUGAAUGAAUGCAAAAAAAAAAUCUAAAUCCAGCAUUUUUAGCUUGUAUUGUCACCACAACCCAAUGUAUUUUUCCAUGGCCCCUGAGGUGUCCCCAAACUUUUUUCUUUUACAAUCUCAUUAGCGAGCUUUCAUCAA